ACAAGUGUUUUGGAAAUAUUUAUCAAUUUUUAUCCUUUUUCAUAUCAUGAUAAUAUAUUGAUUGAUUUUAAUUUGUGUUUAUUGCUUGAUUAAGAAUUAAGUAGUUGUCAUUAUAAGUUAUCAUUCACUCGUUUAGUUGAGCAAACAACUAACAGAUUUCGUUUUGUGAAUCACGUUCUCAUUCCCUUUCUUUCUCUUCCCUUUAUCCAUUUCCAGCUGAUGGAUGAGGCAAUAAUGUAUUGCUUGUUGUUGUUUUAAGUGAAACGAAAGCAUCCAAUCAACAAUGUCAACCUAUUGAUUGUCAACGUAAUCACACAUCUUCAUUCUGGUUAAUUACUGCUUCUUUCUUUCUUUCUUUUACAUUCUCUUCACUGUGGCUUGUUUUGUCAAUUGACAUCUAUCAACUCAUUAUUUCUCACACGCACUCUAAAUCUAUUUCUCUCUCGUUCUCUGUAUCCUUCUCAUUGUAAUACGGGAUGUUUAAAGGAUUAUGAUUGUGUGCAUACAUGAUUUUGGGAUGGUGGUAAACUUAUGUGAUUGUCUUUUAAUCGAUGGCUAAUGUUAAAGAAAUACCUACUCCUUUGACUAAAUUUGCUGGAUUUUUAGCUUCCGUUGGUAUUAUCUUUGGUGGUAUCAUUCCUUAUAUACCACAGUAUUUUGAUAUCAGGCGGACUGAAAAUGCCGAUGGAUUCUCAUUAUUUGUUUGUUUGGUUCUUUUAAUUGCCAACAUUCUUCGGAUAUUCUUCUGGUUUGGUAAACAAUUUGAGACUCCAUUAUUGUUGCAAAGUAUCAUCAUGGUAGCUGUUAUGUUUGCCAUGAUUGAGAUUUGUGUUCGAAUGAAGACCAAAAAUCUGCUAGUUCCAGUCAAGACACGCUACUUUUUUGAACCUUUUGUCCGUUUUUUUAUCAAUAGGUUUAGCUUUACAGCAACACAGCAAACAGACGAUAAUAACUCGACAGUAACCAAGGAUGAUCCACAGUUGAUGCACCGAUUCUGGGAUUUUGAUCUCAAGUAUUUCUGGGAUUGGACUGAUUUUACUUCAUAUGUUGAAUUUAUUGCUUCGUUUACUGUGAUUGUGGGACUGUUAAUGUUUAUGCUGAUAGACAAUCCUUAUUUUGUUGAAACAAUCGGCUAUGCAGCUAUGUUAACUGAAGCACUCCUCGCUUCCCCACAAUUGAUACGAAAUCAUCAAAAAAAGUCAACUGAAGGCUUAAGCAAACAGAUGGUUCUGCUUUGGACUCUUGGAGACUCUUAUAAAACAGGUUACUUCAUUAUUAACCAAUCACCGAUUCAGUUCCUAGUCUGUGGUCUUAUUCAAUUAACCAUCGAUUUCAUUAUAGCUUUACAAAUUCUCAUCUACAACUUACCUUCAAUGCGUAGCAAAACAUCAAGUCAUCAUGUUAAAUAAUCAGUUACUCAACGAACCAGUUGAAUGUUUCAAAAAUUAAACUGCUACUCAAUCUUGUGCUUUCAAUUGAUACAAUUUUUUAUGUGCGCAUUAGAUUCAUAAUUAAGCUGUUUUUGUUUGAAUGAAACGACAAUAAUUUUUAUUCGCUUCAAUCCAAUCAAUUUGCUAACCAUUUUAUUGAAUCAUCAACGCAUAAUGACUCCUCCAUCCUAAGCUUACCAAAAUUUCAUCCAUUGAUAAAAUAAUCAAACGUUAAAUCAGAUUGGCUCACCGAUUCCAUUGAUCCACCAAAUACAAUUUAUCGAAGCAAGUCAUUGAAAUUCUGUGCCACAGCAUAUUUUGUGAUCUCUCUUAAUUUUAAUUGAUUAAAUUAAUAAUGAACUUUACCGGUUCAAGACUAAAUUAUAUUAAAAUUAUUCUUUGACAAAAAA